GAAGACGUCCUCGUCGUCAACUAUAAAUGCCACAUUGUUCUUGCAUAUAUGUAUGUUUAUAGAUCUAUACUUGUACAAUACCUAACAGCUGGUGCCUCUUGUCAUAUAUCCUCUGUCCUGAUUAAAAAAAUAAAGAGAAAUAUGAACACAACCAAGUUUGAUGUGUCACCGUUUUUACUCCUCGAAGAAUUUGCAGAUUCCGAUGGCGAAGGCACCGUUCAGAUCAAUGAAGCCCUCGACGGCGGCGAAUCCAAUGAUGGCGAUGAUAAGUCUUGUAGUACCAGUUUGUACGAGACGUCUUGUAUGACGGCGACGAGUCAGAGACAUAGUUUUGAUCCGGAGGAGGAGGAUACGGUGAACGAAGAAAGAAUAUUCACCGCCGUAGAGGAAGAUGACGAGGAUGGAGAAGGGGAGGUGAACAGCUACAGAAGAUGCGGGAUAAGCCACUUUGUAAAACUGAGCGUUGAUUCUAGUGAGGUGGUCAGUGAGAUGGACAAAAGUCGAAUGUUCUGGGAAGCUUGUCUCGCUUCUUGAUCACUCUAUCUUGUCUCGCCAAAAAAAAGAGAGGAAACGAAUAUAUACGUCGUCUAGCUUAGGUAAAAUACUUAAAUACAUAUGUCUAGCUUUUUUUCUUUCCUUUUGGUGGUUUCUGCUUGUAAUUGUGCCUAUGAAUUCUCUUAUAUCCGCCCAUCAAUUAUGUAUAGAAGAGUCAAUCAUUCUGAUGGUGUUCUCUUAUAAAGUUACUAGAUUCUAACUCAAAAGACGGGUAUAUUUUUAUUUUUAUCUUUUAAGAACUUUAAUUGUUAUAUUUGUGUUUUUCUAUAUAAU